AUGUUCAUCACUCUCGACGUCCCCAAGAACGCUGCUGGUGCCUGCGGCGAGAGCAAGUGCAACUGCGGUGACGCUGCAAGCCCGGCGAGUGCAAGUGCUAAGCGCAUUGCCAUCGCUACCAUGCCCAUUACCCUGUACAAUCUAGUAUAUCAGUAA